CUCUGGAAUCAGUCCAUUAGGUCUAGGGCAAAUAAAUAAAGUAUGGGUGUGAUGAACUCAACAGAUUCAACAGAGUUGGUGAAAGGAAUUGUUUUUUGUUUGCUAGUCAAUCUUUUGCUGCAUAGCUAAAUUACUUCAUGGCACAUGGUUACACUUUGAAUCUUAACCUACUUUUCCCAUAUUCUUGAAAAGCCCAGAUUACACGUUAGCAAGGGUAAAGUUCACACAGUCCUUUGAUCGUACCACUUUGAUUUGAUUGUCGACCGUUCUGACAGAAGACAGUAAAGGUAUUUGACUAUCGUCUAAAGGGUCCCCGCGAUGGCUCGCCGUGUGGCCGUGAUCGGAGCAGGCAGCUGUGGGCUGACCUGCAUUAAGUGCUGCUUGGACGAGGGUCUAGAACCGGUGUGUUUCGAGAGCAGCGAUGACAUCGGAGGACUCUGGAGGUUUAAGGAGACUCCAGAGGCUGGAUGCUCCAGUGUCUACCGCUCCCUGUUCUCCAACACCUCCAAAGAGAUGAUGUGUUUCAGCGACUUCCCCAUGCCGGCGCACUACCCCAACUACUUACACCACUCACGCCUGCUGGACUACCUGCGGCUCUACGCUGAGCACUUUGAGCUACUCAAACACAUUCACUUCCAGACUACAGUGCACAGUGUGAGACCAAGACCUGACUUCUCUCUCUCAGGACAGUGGGAGGUUGUAACUGAGAACAAAGAUGGACUCAAAGAAACUCACACGUUUGAUGGGGUGCUCGUAUGUUCUGGACACUUCACACACCCCUUCAUGCCUCUCUCAGCAUUCCCAGGCAUAGACACAUUCUCAGGAAAAUGCUGCCAUAGUUGGGAAUAUAAGGAUGCAGAACUAUUCCGUGGGAAACGUGUGGUGGUUGUUGGGAUGGGCAACUCUGGAGGAGACAUUGCUGUAGAGAUCAGUAGAGUGGCACAGAUGACCUUCCUGAGCACCCGUGAAGGAGCGUGGGUGGUGGGCCGUUUGGCUGGCAACGGCCUACCUCUGGACAUUAUGUUGAUAAGACGCUUGAAUUCCCUGCUUCUCCACCUCCUUCCCCGAGCCCUGCUCAGCUGGAUGGAGGAGAGAGCCUACAACCAGAAAUAUGACCACAGGCUGUAUGGACUGCAGCCCAGGCACAGGAUACUCGACCAGCGACCUGUGAUUAAUGAUGACCUGCCAGUGUGCAUCCUCCAGGGGGUGCUGCAGAUAAAGCCAAACAUACGCGAGUUUCGAGGCUCGAGGGUCGUCUUUGACAAUGGAGUGACAGAAGAAGGGAUUGAUGUAGUGGUAUUCUGCACGGGAUACAAGGCCACCUUCCCGUUCCUGCCGCCGUCGUUGACCAGCAGUCCCGAGGGAGAGAUGAGGCUCUACAAAAGAGUCUUCCCUCUGUCCCUAGAGCGCCCCACGCUGGCCGUCCUGGGGAUGAUCAACGUUACAGGACCCCAAAUGCCCGUGAUGGAGAUGCAGGCACGAUGGGCUGCUAGAGUAUUCGCAGGACUGAUCCAUCUUCCUCCUUUGGCAACAAUGCAUAAAAUUACUGAGAAAGAAUGGAAGGAAAAUGUGAAAAAGUACUCUUGUUCCAAGAAGGCUGCAGUUGAGAGGGAGUAUUUGCCUUACAUAGAUUCACUAGCAAAGGAAGUGGGUGUUUAUCCUAACGUCCUGUGGAUGCUCCUGACGGACCCUGCCAUAGGUUUGCGUGUCCUGUUUGGCCCCUGCACCCCGUACCAGUUUCGACUGAAUGGGCCAGGUCGGUGGGAGGGGGCUCGCCAGGCCAUCCUCACCCAAUGGGAGCGCUUGGUCACGCCCCUAAAAACACGCCCCAUUCCGGAGCCCAAACCCUCUGGCCUUUUCGGCUGGGGUCUGGCUGGAGGGGCUUUGUUGAUUUUUGCUGCCAUUGUGUUCCAGAGGAGAAAUCCAACCUUUCUUCAGAAUCAGAUUGCAGAGAUGACCUUUGUUGGCAUCAGCAGGUGGUAUAGCUUCACCUAAACCCUGGGGUCAUGGUAGAAGGGGGGAGAUGGUGGCAAGAAAUAAAGUGCUCUUUACUGGGUCUAGACAGUAUGACACGGUAGUUCUGGUGCAUUCGAAAAAAUAAUGAUGUGGAAGCUUUUGCACACUCUUGCCAAAUGUGCAGUAUAUUUUAUAGCAUAUUAGAUCCAAAGUGCAUUUAUAGCCUAUGUUUCCAUAUGUGUUAAUCCAUGAGGCAGGAGACUGCUGAUAACUUGCCUGCAUUUUCAGCUAAUUUUAUAAUGUUCAGAUGCUACACAUCUACUUUUACAACUUUUAGAGGCUUAUCAUCCCAUUUUAUGAAAGGACCAUUACACUGGCAACCUUUGUUUUCAGGCAAAAUCUAGAUGCAGGCAAAAAAUCUAGAUGACUAACAAAGGACACUCAAACAAUAUUUACCUGCAGAAGACCAGAUUCUGUAGGCUGAUGUCGUCUGACCCACAGCCAUAUCAGGACUGCAGCUUUGGUGCUACAGGAGAAAGAGCUUAAUAUAUUUAGGGCUAUAGAGUACUGCAAGGUUACUAUUCACAAUGUUAUUUUCAAAUUUAAAAAAUAUA